AUGGGCUGCAACAUGUGUGUGGUCAAACGUCCGGAGGAGCAGUACAGGAUCAUGUUCCAGCAAAAAGGCUGGAGUAACUCCCUGCGGCCGAUGGACAGACACGGAAACAUAAAGGUCCGAGGACGGAGACCCUCUCAGCUCCCACUAGACAGACCACAAAACUCCCAGGAGUCCUUGCACCAACCCGGCUCGGUCCGCAAGAGUCACAGGAGGAAAGGGACGCUGGUGUGCAGUGGGACCGGCAGCACCUCUGUCUCCUCUGUUGCCAUGGUGGCCAUCCCCGACUGCGUCGACAACGCCACGCAGACAGACAUCAGCUUCCAGAACAUCAUGACGCUGGGGAGGAGCAGAGGCCAUCACCACCACCACCACGGCCGAGGAGGCUCCUCCUCCCCUCCACCUCCUCCCCCUUCUCCUCCCCUCCCUCACCUCGUGGGACCAUAUGGGAUUAAUGAGUUCUGCGUGUUCGAGUACAAUGACCCCAAUGACUACUUUGACGUCUCGAAUCACGAGGUGGACAGGCAGGAUGACCUGGAGUACGAGGAGGUUGAGCUGUACAAGUCCAGUCAGCAGGAGAAGCUGGGCCUGACUGUCUGCUACAGGACGGACGACGAGGAGGAUCUGGGGAUCUACGUUGGAGAGGUUAAUCCAAACAGCAUUGCGGCUAAGAACGGACGCAUCAGAGAGGGGGACCGAAUAUUACAGAUUAAUGGAGUGGAUAUUCAGAACAGAGAGGAAGCAGUGGCCAUUUUGACCAGAGAGGACAGCAUCAACUUCUCCCUGCUGUUGGCCAGGCCUGACAUAGAGGACGAGGAGGACAUGGCGCUGACUCUGGAGGGAGGAGGUUUCCACCCAAACCCUCGAGCCUCCUCUUGCUCCCUCAACUCGUCUCACCUUCCUGGCUACUAUCGCCUCUGCCGGGGGGGGGGCGGCCUGGGUGAUGUGGAAGUGGAGGAGGAAGAGGAUGAAGAGGGAGAGGACGGAGACAGAGGAGAGAAAGAGGACAGAGACCCACCUGUCCCCCUCCCUCCUUUGCUGAGCCUGGCUCCGCUGCUGUCCAAUAGCCAGGAGCUGGACAGCGGAGUGGGGCGGACCGAUGACAGCACCCGCUAUGAGGAGCUGUCCGAACAAGACCUGCUGGGUGACCAGACCAGUGGCUGUAACACUAACACCACCAACACGCCGGGCAGCACCAGGAAGUUCAGACCGGGACCCAGCCCCAGGCCAAGUCCAAGGCCCAGUCCCGGCCUUGGCCCAAGCACCAGGCCAAUCUCCAGCCCUGGGCACGGACGAGGAGACACGACCCCUCCUUCCCUCCACCUGCGUGACCUCCAGCUCAGCUCAGACUCUUUCCCCGGCCUCGACUGGACAGCUGGAGGAGGAACAGGAGGGGCAGCGUACAGCCCCCACCACCACCACCACCACCACCACCAUCACCACCAGCCGCCUCUGACGAUGAUGAUGAUGAUGCCGGGCCUGACAGAGGAGGAGUGCCAGCGAUACCAGCAGCUGCUGGAGAUAAAAUGCCAGAUCGAGAGACGUAACGAAAAACAGCAAAGGGAGGCGGCGAAAAAAGAUCGCGAUGACAUCGGAGCAGAAGUGAACGACCAGGAAGAAAGAAAAGGAACGGUGGAAGAGGAAGGAGAAGAGGAAGCUGCUUCUUCCUCUGUGGUGGAUGUGAACUGCAACGAAACUUCAAGCGAGCACGAGAUGGCGCUCAUUGAUGAGGAGUUACGCCACCUGGAGUUCAAGUGCCGCAACAUUCUCCGAGCCCAAAAGAUGCAGCAGCUCAGAGAGAGAUGCCUGAAAGCCUGGAUGAUGGAGGAGGAGACGGUGGCAGCCGGAGCGGGGCGACCGGGCCCUUCUGAAGCAGGUAACCAUGACGACAACGACGACCCUCACCAUCACGAGCUGUCGGCCAUCAACGAGCUCCCGGAACGAGAGCGAUCGGACGACAAAGACAGCACCAGCGCCUACAACACCGGAGGGGAGAGCUGUCGGAGCACGCCAUUGGUCAGCACUGAGCAGAUCCCACCUCUCCCUGAAGAGGAAGACGAAGGAGGCGGACGCUUGAUGUCUCCGCCUCCUCUCCUCCCCCUUGGUCACCUCCCCCCUUUGAACUCCCCUCUUACCCCGCGGCGUCACCGGCGCGACAGAGAGAGACGCCACUCGAACCUCAGCUGCUCUUUCUCCCCGAGCACUUACAGGAAGUAUGAAACGGCCAACGGCAACGUGGCAAGCGGCUCAAGCUCCACCCCAUCUACACCCUCCAAGUUCAGGUCUCUGACCAGAGAGGCGGGGUCGUCUUCAAGGAGGGGUGUGUCUGACGGAGGGCGGGGCUCUGGAGCAGGCGGAGCCACCAACAGGUCUGGAGGUGGUAGCGCAGAGUCCAGUCCCUACUUCGCCAGGCGACAGCAAAACCACAACAAACCAUUAGAGCGCUACCAGAGCUGUAUGACCCUGCCUUCCGAGGGCCUGGUGGACCCUCUGGACCGAGUGAGAGGCAGAGCACGGGCCGAGGGGGAGGAGAGAGGGAUGGGCACAGGCAGCAGCGGCCCGGCGAGCCCCAGAAGUGUGAGCAGCGCCCCCUGCGGUCUGGAGGGCCAUCAUACAGGUGCCUCACGGUUAGGACUGGCCUUACCACUUGGGUUGACACACUCAUCACCAACUGCCUCGCCGCAACGUAUGGAGUGGAAGGUAAAGGUCCGCAGUGAUGGCACUCGCUACGUAGCCAAGCGGCCGGUCAGGGAUCGUCUGCUGAAGGCCAGAGCCAUGAAGAUCAGGGAGGAACGCAGUGGCAUGACGACCGACGACGAUGCUGCCAGCGAGAUGAAACAGGGCCGAUACUGGAGCAAAGAGGAGAGGAAGCAGCAGCUGCUGAGAGCCAGAGAGUACAGACGAAGAAGAGAGUUCAUGAUGCAGAGCCGCCUGGACUACCUCAGAGGAGACAGGGACCCUUCAUCGUCAACGGGGAGCACCGAAGACCGCUGUCCCCCCCAGAGCGCCCAGCUUCAAUCCCGACAGGACUCCCCCGGCAACAACAUCCUGUUACUGAGCCAGAAGAAGAUCAUGAAGAAGAGGAACCGGCGAAUCCUCGACAACUGGAUCACCAUCCAGGAGCUGCUGGCUCAUGGCUCGAGGUCGCCGGACGGAAAGAAAAUAUACAACCCUCUGCUUUCUGUGACCACGGUGUGAUCCGAGGACAGAGAGGAGGAUGAAGAGGAGAGAAGAGGGAAGAAACUGGCAAUUCAAACUUGGAACUAAAAGAUAAAAAAGAUUCAGAUUUCUUUGAGCUGGAAGGAAGAAUAGGAAGAAGUAAAGGAAAUGAGAGGAUGGAUUGUACGGAAAAAGUGAGGCAGAAGGAGAAGCCUGAAAUGUCAGAAAAUAGUUCUGGAAGGUUGGCGAUGACUUUGAAAAGUUGGAGUUAACACUGAACAAACGGCAAUGGCCUCAAAAAUAUCUGGGACAACCCUUUAUUCUGGAUUAUAUUCACAGAAAAACUGUGAAUAAACUUGAAAAGUCAAGCAACUUUACAACUUUUCAGGUCAGAAAAUAGGUCCUGAUAGCCGAAAGAAAGGAUGUAUAAAAUAAGUGCUAAUGCUUAACUCUGCAGCUGGUACUGGACUGGAUCCUGAUGGGGACAUGGUUCUCAAACCGAAACAUCUUUGAUAUAAGGACGACACUUGAUAGGGACCAGGUUUUUUCAUCCUCUCUCUUUUAGCACGACCCUUCGAACUUAGUAAAGAUAGAUUUAAGGAGGGAACGGCUUUGAAAGGCUGAGGAAAGGAGGGUUCUAUGUCUCUGCCCCAGUCUUGAAAAUGUGCCAUGAUAGCGCAGCAGGUAGAGAGACUGUCCUCUGAGUGAGAAGGACACAGGUUUGAUCUCCUAGUCUCUCUCAGUGUGUUCAGACAAGACAUGAGGUGAAUUUUACGGAUGUGGCAACUAAAAACCGAGUCAGAGGAGGGAUGUGAGUGGGCACGAGCCGAGGCAAAGACGCCAAAACCUUUGCUUGUCCCAGGAGAGAGACUGGAGGGAAAUUACAGGAAGGACUCAUGAGACCGGUCAGAGGUUGAGCUGAACACACACUGCAGACACUGACUACACGCAUGGUUGGUUGCCGGCUAACUCACGACUUCGCUUUAAGUCUGAACACUUUAGACAAAGUGCCCCAUCACAUGUAAAGAAACUUUGAAAUGCCAACCUGCUCAUGGCCGCCUCCUCCGGUUGAAAUUCCACACUCCACGACUGCGACGUGACACGUGGUAAUACAGUUCCUCUGCGUCCGGCAUGGACACUGAGAUGCUCGAAAGAACUUGGAAACACGAUGACAACCUUGGAGAGAAGAACUUUUGAACGCUACCUACUCGGUUUUCAUCGAAAAAAAGAAAAGUUUCAGAAGAUUCCGAAGGAAAAGCUGAGAGAUUUUUCCUCUGCAGAAUUUGACUUCACGUCUGAGGAUAAGCCCCUUUAUUCUCAGAGGACAAUAAAUGUACAGAAAUGUACGGUGGUGAAACUGGUGCAGGAACAUAUUGACAAAAUAAUCAUGAAGUAUUAUAGAUACACUGAAGCUGAAGACCAAUAUUCAGUAUCCAACCACUAUGUACAUUAAAGGAAAAAUCCCCCUUUUAUAUCUGACCGUCAGCUCUCAUUGAUCUGUGAAGUUCACUGUUUAAUUUAUGAUGAAGACUUGUUUUACCUCUCACCUGCCUUUACAUUUACAGGCGCAUCAUUUGUAAAUCACUUUCCCAGAAUGCCUUU